AUGCCACUCAAGUGGGCGGCAAGCGAAGGCCAUAUGGAUAUGGUUAAACUGUAUCUCGACAAGGGCGCAGCUGUAGAUGCCCGAGGCCUCGGUGGAUGGACGCCAUUGGCCGCUGCCUCCUCCGACAGUCAUCUGAAAAUUGUGGAUCUGGUCGAGAAGGGCGCUGAUCUUACAAUUCCUGACAGCGACGGACAAACAACCCUUUUCCGUGCCUGUCAGAGUAAAGAUGAUGACCUGCAAUCGCUGAGUUUCUUCUGA